AGGGCUAAUGCUUUAGUCAGUGGUAACGCAUUUAGGCUCCGACCACACCUUUUGUUUGUUUGAUUGACAGGUCCGGUGGACGAUACUCCGCCUUGUGGAGGGGCAGCCGAAUUUGUCCAUUUUCAGCAACCGCCGACGGUGAGGUGAAGACAAGAAAGGAGCGAAGAAAGUGCGAAAAAACACUAUUUUUCCUCAAAACCAACACCUGAGGUGGAUUCUGGAUAUGUAAGAAGAGUUCUGGAUUACGGAUUUGUGUGUUUUUGGACGUUUCUGGGGGUAAAAUCGUGACUUUGGAGGAGUUUUAUCGGGUGUGUGCAAGGUGUUUGAUUCCGACUCGGAGGUAGAUCUGAUUUCACUGCACCCGGACCCCAGCAACAAAAGGACCACACAACCGGACGGACAGUUUGGGUGAAAAAUCCUACAAUUUGGGCCGUAAAGGUGAGCAGAAGGAAUUCCUGGAGGCGUUGUAGCGAGGUGUGUUGUGUUGUUUAUCGUGACAUCGCUGUGCCUUGGCCCGGAGAGCGUCCCAAACAUGGUCGGCGGUGACCUGCACGCUUCGCCGACCGCUCGCGUUUCCAAGCCCCGGUGGUGAGAGUCAACCCCGAUCAGGGUUACCUCCACCCCAGCGGGUAGGAGGUCCCCACUCCUCGGGACCACAAGCAUGGCUUCCCCCAGGGUUAGGACACGCUGGAAGCAUUAUUACUUCACGUUACUGUUCAUCUUACGGGCUCUGAUAUGCUCGGGGCAGGAAGGGGCCGACCGCGCGGCCAGCUCGGCCCGGGUAGCCUUCUCCCUCGAAGAGGGCCAACCACCCGGUACCUUCGUCGGGAACAUCCCCACACAGCCUGGAUUUACGUACAGGUUUAACCAAGACCCAGGAAUAUUUAGUCUGGAUCCCAGCUCCGGUGAGAUCCGUACCACACAGGAGAUUGACAGAGAAGCCUUGUCCGAUGAUUCCUUAGAUCUCGUAGUGCUUUCCAGCCUCCCUACAUACCCCAUAGAAGUCAGAAUAGACAUAUUGGACAUCAACGACAAUUCUCCCAUCUUCCCUGAUCCCAGUAUACAAAUCUCCUUCUCGGAGAGCGCGAGAACUGGGUCACAGGUCAUUUUAGAUACCGCAACGGAUGCAGAUAUCGGUAACAGUGAUAUCACGGACAAUUAUAGGAUUGUUUCAGGGAAUGCCAACAAUACUUUUGAGUUGGUUGUUACGACGAAUCCAAGCGGAGAGGCAUCGUUCUUGCAUCUACAGACCAAUCAAAAUUUAGAUAGGGAGAUCAGGUCUUCGUACCAGCUGAACAUAUCAGCCCAAGAUGGCGGAAGCCCACCGCGCUACGGCUACCUGUUAGUAAAUAUUAGCGUAAGAGACUCGAACGAUAACCCGCCUAUAUUCGACCAGAGCGAGUACAUCGUUAGUUUGAACGAAAGUGCGCCCAUUGGAACCAGCGUGUUAACUGUCAGAGCGACCGACAUAGAUGAAGGCACAAAUGCCGAAAUCACAUACCUGCUGGACUCUGGGGAGCCUGCGACAAAAUUCCAAAUCGACCCCAGAACUGGUGUUGUCACGACAUUGCAAGAGCUAGAUUAUGAGGAGAGUGACAACUAUUACGUGAAUGUGCAAGCUCACGAUAACGGGUCCCCCAUACAGUAUGGCAGAGCGUACAUUACCAUAAACUUGGUGGAUGAAAAUGAUCACGAUCCUGUCAUUGGAUUUAGGUACUUCCCCAUUGGUGCGCAGUUUGCAUCGGUUGAAGAGGAUGCUGCGCUCAAUACGGUGGUUACCCUGGUUACCAUCACGGAUGCAGAUCAGGGACCCAACGGAGAUGUAGAUCUGGAAAUUCUAUCCGGAAACGAACAGGGCACGUUCCAAGUGACUCAUGUACCUGGGCUGAGUAUUGUGAAGGUUGCCAGAUCUCUGGAUCGUGAGAUCACAGAUCAGUACAAUCUGACCAUGAGGGCCACAGAUCACGGGAACCCACCCCGUAGAACUAUUGCAAACUUGAUCAUCUACGUGAAUGACAUCAACGACCACGAGCCGGUGUUUGAAAGGACGAGGUACAACACCACUCUCAGUGAAAGAGUUCCCAUUGGCAGCUAUGUUCAGGGUGUAACGGCGACUGAUGACGAUUCCGGUCUGAACGCGCAGGUUAGGUACGCCAUAGUAUCAGGGAAUGAGUACGGCUGGUUUAUGAUUGACGGAAACACUGGACUUGUGACAACACAGGCCGACCUAGACCACGAGGUUGCUAGUGGAGUCGUCCUAAACAUAUCAGCGAGUGACCAAGGCAUCUCCAUCCAGUUCACGUCAUACACACAGCUUACCAUCACCAUCAUUGAUGAGAAUGAUUUCGUUCCCACCUUUAGCGAGUCGCCAUACAACGUCACUGUCCUGGAAAACCAGAGUGCACCGCGAGAAGUCAUCACAGUCACUGCACAGGACGACGACCAGGGAUCAAACGGGGAGGUAUACUACGAAUUCGAUACCGAAACCGCAAACAGGUACUCUGGCAGCUUCCGGCUGGAUUCUAACACUGGCCGUAUCGACACUCUGGUAACCUUUGACCGUGAAACAACAGACCUUUACUCCCUGGUGGUUCGUGCAUCAGAUCGUGGCAACCCUCCACAACAAUCAGCCGUCAGAGUCAACGUCAUUGUCGGGGACCUAAAUGACAACAAUCCUGUCUUCUACCCAGUCAGAUACUAUGCAAGCAUCAGGGAGAACCAGCCUUCAGGCACGAGUGUCGUUCAAGUGUCUGCGUCUGAUCUAGAUGCAGGUUUGAACGGGAGGGUGACUUACCAGAUCACGAGGGGGAACCCGGAUGGGAAGUUCACCAUCAGCCCUCAGAGCGGCCAGAUCACCACAACAGCUGAGCUAGACAGGGAAGUGCGAGCUUCGUACCAGCUUGAGGUCACAGCCCGCGAUGGCACAGGUCAGAGUUCGGCUUCCCCCGCCACCAUCGAUGUCACAGUUGUGGACAUACAGGACAACCCACCAGAGUUCAGCCAACCUGGAUACAACUUUGUCAUCUUUGAGAAUGUGGAAAUCGGAAAGUCAGUUGGUAUGGUGAGUGCAACAUUUCGUGAUGCAAACGCCAAUGCCACCUACUCCAUCUUCUCUGGUGAUCCCGCUGGGAUCUUCCGGAUCAACUCCCAGACAGGCUUGAUCUCGACAGCAAAGGAGGUUGACAGGGAACAGCAGCAGUUGUACCAGCUCUUCGUGGUAGCAAGUGGUGGACGAGUGGUUGGGCAGACACAAGUAAACGUAACCCUGCGUGACUUGAACGAUAACCCUCCGUCCUUCUUAACUUCCUCUGCACAAGCAGAUGCCGUAGAGAACUGGCCCCUUGGCAGGGAAGUUUACGAAGCAGCAGCACAGGAUCCAGACGACGGUGUAAAUGCACAGGUCACAUACGAACUCAUCACAAACCCCAGCAACAAGUUCCAAGUGAAUGGAGACUCGGGCAUUGUCUCUCUCGCAGGAGCGCUCAGCUAUGAAGUUGGCCAGUAUGUCUUAGAGCUUCAGGCAACAGAUAGAGGUUUACCUCCACAGUCUGCUACCUUGACCCUCACAGUUACAGUACGUGACGUCAAUGACCAUGCCCCUGUCUUCUCUUCCUCCUCGUAUUCGACAGCGAUUCCAGAAUCUCAGCCAGUCAACGAUCAGUUCUUCUCUGUAACAGCAACAGAUGAAGAUGCGGGCCUGAAUGGGCUGAUAUCCUACUCCAUCACUGGUGGGAAUCCAGGAGACAGGUUUGGUGUGUUUCCAGACGGAAACUUGUACGUCAGAAACGCUCUUGACCGCGAGGUUCAGAGCCGGUACGUGUUGAUUGUUGAGGCACAAGACAAUGGCGUGGAAGCAAAGUCUGCCGUCGCCAACGUUACUGUCGAAAUCCUGGACGAGAAUGACAACCGCCCCCUCUUUGCAAACUCGACAUACAAUCUCUUCUUGGACGAAGAAGCACCUGCACAAACAAUGGUAGCCUUGGUUACGGCUGUUGACCGCGAUGCUGGCACCAAUGCAGAGCUGAGGUACUCUUUUAUCACGGAGCAGUCUGACUUUGCCAUCAACCCUUCCACAGGUGCUAUCUCAAGCCUGAGGAUGUUCGACCGUGAAGAGUUGAUCCAACGAACCGGGCUUAGCACGUUCACGCUGGAAGUCGCUGUUACGGAUGGCGGUGACCCUCCACUGCAAGACAGGGCAACCCUCCAGAUUACUGUACGUGAUAUCAACGACAACGUGCCCCGUUUUGCUCAGGACACGUACCAGGUGUCCAUCUCCGAAAACGCCCAGCGAUCCCAGCAGGUGGUUCGAGUUAGUGCCUCUGACAUGGACUACGGAAACAACGCCCUCGUACGUUACACCAUCACCGAAGGGAACGAUGAAGGCAAGUUUCUGAUCGACUCCAGCUCGGGCCAGAUCAUGUUGGCUCAGCUACUGGACAGAGAAGUCGAAGACUUCUAUUCCCUUCUUGUGGAUGUGCGCGACUCAGCGUCCGAGAACCCUCUCAGUUCCCAGUGCCGCGUCAACAUCUCCGUCCUCGAUGAGAACGACAAUGAACCCGUCUUCAGCCCCACCUUGCAGACAGCGGACGUGUUGGAGUCCACGAGGGUCAAUGACCUGAUCACAACCCUGACUGCUACUGAUGGAGAUGCUGGAUCUAAUGGUGAGAUCACAUACAGUAUCAGUGAAGGGAAUGCCCACGGCACCUUUACUCUAGACUCAUACACAGGCAAGCUGUAUCUUGCCAAAGCUCUGGAUUACGAGAGCACAAACGUGUACAGGCUCAACAUAACUGCAUCAGAUCACGGAACGCCACCUCUCUCCACAGUCAUCCCCUUUGCAAUCAAUGUCCUAGAUUCAAACGACAACCCUCCUACCUUCCCACCGGGUGACACAGUACGCCAGAUAACGGAGGGAGUCGGACUGAACACUGUCAUCGCCACGGUGACCGCAACCGAUCCAGAUUCGGGAAGCAACGGGGAGAUACAGUACUCGAUAGCCAGCCAGGUUCCGCAAGGGGACCAGUUUGCUGUGAAUCCCUCAUCCGGUCAGGUAUUCACUCGUGCUGAGAUUGACAGAGAGUUUGCCAGCACUUUUGACAUCACAGUGAGAGCGACUGACCAAGCGAUUCCUGUUUCCGAGAGACGACAUGCCUUCAAAGUCAUUACGGUAAUCAUCAGGGACGUGAAUGACAACAAUCCUUUGUUCGUGUCCCAAGAUGCGGCUGCUAUUGCCCCAAGUGCGUCCAGGGGAGAUGUCAUUUUGAACGUGGUCGCAGAGGACCCCGACGAAGGCACGAACGGGGAAGUCAGGUAUGCCGAAACAAGUGGGAACACUAACCAGUUUGAUAUAGGGGGAACAACAGGCGUGGUCACUCUCGCACAGAAUCUUAGCCCGUCCCAAACCUUUUACACCCUUGUGGUCAGUGCUACAGACCAGGGGCCAGGAAGGCGGUCGUCCAAUUCGGAGAUUACGUUCUUCAUCACUUCGCCCAACAACAACGGACCGGCAUUCUCUAGGAGCAGUUACUCUGGGAUCGUGCGUGAGAACCAACCUGUGGGAACCAGCGUAACGUCAGUCCGUGCCAGUUAUUCGGACGGGCACAGCGCCACCAUUGAAUAUUACAUCACGAGUAUUCGCGCGGGGGAUGCCUCUGUUGGGAGAUACUUCACGAUUGGCCGUACCACGGGUCGGAUUACAACGGGAGUGGAGUUAGACCGCGAGGAAGGAUACGACAGUUUCGUGUUGGAAGUUUACGUCGUGGACAAGUCGUCUUCUUCGCCAAGGACACGUUCCACUCAGGUCACCAUCACUCUUGAAGAUGAAAAUGACAACGCGCCGAUGUUCAACACAGACUAUCGUGACAUCAGCAUUCCUGAAGACCUGGCAAGCGGAGGGUUGGUCACGACGGUGGUCGCCAACGACGCGGACGUCGGGAGUAAUGCCGUCGUCCUGUACAGCAUCAUAGCGGGGGACGAUGGUCAGUUCCGUGUGGAUUCCGACACAGGAGAGAUACGGACGACAGGGCCACUGAACCGUGAACAGUCACCCACACACUCCGUCACUGUACAAGCAAGCGACGGACAGCAGGCGUCUACGAUAGACGUCAACAUCUCUCUCACCGACGUUAACGACAAUGCUCCGCAGUUCCUCCGUUCCGUGUACUCGUUUGACAUCAGGGAGGACGCCGCGGUGAACUCGGAGGUGAAUUUCGUGUCGGCUACCGACACGGACGAAGGAAGCAACGCGGACAUCACAUACUCAAUCACGGAUGAGAACCAGGGGAUGUUUGACAUCACUCCAAAGACUGGAGUCAUCAUCCUCAGACGGCCGCUCGAUUACGAACAGACGCAACACUACGUGCUGACGGUACAGGCCCGGGACGGCGGCGGGCGCGCCAGCUCUGUCACCGUCUACGUCAACGUGAAGGAUCUGAACGACAACCCGCCCGUGUUUGACCCCGACCGCUACAGCGCUGAUGAUAUCUCUGAAGAUGUACCCGCAGGAACCAGUAUUCUCACUGUUUCUGCAACAGACAGAGAUGAAGGACCCAAUGCAGAGAUGGACUUCAGUAUCGUGUCAGGUGACCCCAAUGAUCAGUUCAGCAUCCAAUCAGACGGCACGAUUGUGACGGCUGCGGCUCUUGAUCGCGAGCAGAACUACCUUUACAAUCUGGUCGUCAUGGCAACAGACCGCGCCAUCCCUGCUUACAUGCGGCUUUCAAGCACCGCUCAGGUUGAAAUCAUCGUGAACGACAUCAACGACAACCCGCCUAGGUUCGUGACACCAAACGUAACGUCUGUGUACGAGAACAGUCCAGUCAACACCGUAGUCAUGACGAUCAGGGCAGAGGACCCCGACGAAGAACGCAACAGCUACGUGGAAUAUUCCAUGGCCUCCAUUCCAGGGAACAAGUUUGCGCUGGACUCUGUGACAGGACAGUUGAGGGUUAAUGGAGAUCUCGACAGGGAGGCGACGCCAAGUUACAUCGUUACAGUCACCGCUACCGAUAAAGGACGGCCACCCAUGUCCGCAUCAAUGGACCUCACCAUCAACCUGUUGGACAGAAACGACAACAACCCUGUGUUUGGACCCGUGUCUUAUGAUGUCUCAGUUCUGGAGGAUGUUGCAGUUGGCACAGAGCUUGUACAGGUUGUGGCGGCAGACGUGGACGAGGGCACCAAUGGUGUUGUACGAUACAGCAUUGUGAGUGGAAACACUGACAAUGAUCUAGCCAUCAAUGCAGUCACAGGCCGCAUCUCUGUAGCCAGGCUCAUAGACCACGAGAGAACCACAGGAUACAACCUUGUCGUCCGGGCGCGUGACCAAGGCACCUCGCCGUUAGAAGCUCUUGCAACCGUCACCAUCACGGUCACGGAUGUCAACGAUUACGUCCCCUUGUUCCUCAACUCACCCUUUGUCGCACACGUCAUGGAAAACGACAACAACGUGCCGCAGUUUGUCACGCAGAUUUCUGCACAGGAUGAAGACUCUGGGACGAUGGGACAGGUGGACUACUACCUCCCCGAUGAUAAGGAUGGGAAGUUCUCUAUAACGUCUUCUGAUGGAAGGAUUUCUUUGCUGCGUACGCUGGACAGGGAGGACCAAUCGGAAUUCCUCCUCACCGUUUUGGCCGAGGACAGAGGUUCUCCCAGGCUCACUGGAACUGGAACAGUCCGCGUGCUUGUCGACGAUGUCAACGAUAAUACGCCGACGUUCGAUCAACAGUCAUACACGACAACCAUCGCUGAGGAUGUACCAGUAAAUACCGAUGUGCUACUAGUCAGCGCUACAGAUUUGGAUGCUGGGGAAAAUGGCAACAUCAGAUAUACAUUAACUGGAGACCUUGGUGACAAGUUUGAGGUGAACCCCGCCACCGGUCAGAUCAUCACCAUCGGACUACUGGACCGGGAAACACAAUCCCUCUACACCAUGGUCGUCACGGCAACCGGUAGCAGCGCUGCAGACGCUCGCUCCAGCUCUGCCACGGUGAUCGUCACAGUCAGCGAUGUGGACGACAACGUUCCCGCGUUCGUGGACCGUUCCAUUGAUGCCUACCUACCCGACAACACUCCUACAGGCACGUUUGUGGCUCUCGCUUCUGCUACCGACCCGGAUGAAGGCACCAACGGCGACGUCAGAUACUCCCUCUCCGGUAGUGAUGCCAACCGUUUCACCAUCGACAGGGUCACUGGGGUCAUCUCCACAGCAAUGACCCUCAGCGACUCGAGCAGUCAGUACAACUUACAGAUCACCGCCAGCGAUCUCGGACCCAACGCUGGUACUGACACGGCCAGCGUCACCAUCAACUUCCAGCCUGCCGCAAGCUUCCCCUCCAUCAGUGUGGGCACCGACACCUUUAACUACCCUGAAACGCAGUCGGUGGGAACAGUGCUGACUUCAGUACAGGGUAGCUCAUCUAAGCCGUCUCCGGCAAACACCAUCACCUACCACAUUGCUGGUGGAAAUGAGGGAGACGUGUUUGAGGUGAGCCCCCCUGGCCAGGUACGUCUUCGAAGGAGCCUGGACUAUGAGGAAACAAGCUCUUUCAAUCUCUGGAUGGAAGCGAGGGACAGCGACACCCCAGCAUUAUCCAGCUAUCACAGACUGACGAUCGCAUUAGCCGAUGUGAACGACAACCCGCCAAUCUUUUCCCAGGAUCCAUAUGUUGGCUCUGUCGGAGAGAACGAGGGAACGCUAACGAGCGUGCUGACAGUGUCAGCUUCAGAUGCUGAUUCAGGGUCGAAUGGAGAGUUUGAAUACAGGCUUAGAGCUGCAGGAAACUUGGACAACUCCUUCCAAGUCAACCCCAACACCGGUCAGGUCAGCACCAGACGAUUCCUGGACAGGGAACAACGAGACAGCUACAGCCUUGUAGUAGAGGCAGUGGAUAAGGGAUCACCAACUCUGACUGGCACUGCUACGGUCCUCAUAACUGUUGAAGACAAAAAUGACAACCCCAUGCAGUUCAGAAACCUGUACAGCACCUCCAUUCUUGAGGAUACCCCAAUAGGUUCAUUUGUCAUACAAGUCAGCACCACAGAUCCUGACAUUGGAUCCAACGCCAUGGCACAGUACAAGUUCUCUCUCGAUUCACAGUAUGCAGAAGCUCGGGGCAAGUUCAACAUGGGACGCGACAGUGGGAAUGUCACGGUUGCAUCCACCCUGGAUCGCGAGAUUAGCGAUCACUAUGAGCUCCUUGUCAUCGCCGAAGACUCUGCAUGGGAAGCAAACACGCCACUGUCCAUCACUAUACUGGACGUAAAUGACAACCCACCUCGUUUCAGUGCUCCUGUUUUCGAGCGUAACCUCCCAGAGGGGAUCCGUGCUAACCAGCUGGUGACGAGACUGGUAGCAACUGAUGAAGAUGAAGGCACGAAUGCCGAAGUGUUCUAUCGCAUGAAGACACUUUCAAACUUCUUUCGCCUUGAUGAGAGCAGUGGGGCCAUCUUGACAAAGAAUUCCCUGGAAUUUGUUCCAGAUUGGACUGGCACUACCAACCCAAAUCACCACCAGUUUGUGGUUAUUGCUACUGACCGCGGCACCCCUCCCCUGUCGGGAGAAGUCACUGUGAUCAUUAACAUCAUCGAUGCCAAUGACCACGCACCAGUCUUUCAGGAAGUGUCAUAUUUCAGCCCUGUGCCAGAAAACGCACAGAUCGGCGAGAUGAUCAUCCAAGUCCUGGCUGUGGACAAUCAGGACAUCGGCAGCAAUGCUGAGGUAGAGUAUUCCAUCACAGGUGGCAAUGGAACAAAUCCAAAUCUAUUCAGCAUCGACAGGACAACUGGCUGGGUUUCAGUAAGCGCAUCUCUGUCUGGUCGUCAGAAUAUCUGGUACUCAGUAACGGUACAAGCCCGCGAUCAGGGCAGUCCCGCUCUGUCCACCACCACAGAUGUCUCCAUCCUGGUGACUGACGUCAAUGUGUAUGCUCCUGCUUUCUCCGCUCCAUCCUACCAGGUGACCAUUGAGGAGAGCCGUCCAAUGAACAGCCACGUCUUCACCGUUGUAGCCACUGACAGAGACUCUGGUGUGAAUGGUGAGAUCAGGUACUCCAUUGUAGGAGGAGAUGACUACAGACAGUUCUAUAUCGACCCUCGAACAGGGUCGGUAACAGUUGCAGCAGUCUUAGACUACGAAACCACACCAACGUAUCACCUCAACAUCUCUGCUCGUGACCGUGGGCUCCUGUAUCGUGAGAAUUUUGUCAUCCUCACGGUGGACCUCACAGAUGUUAACGACAAUGAUCCGAUGUUUGACCCUGCGACUUAUGAUCCCAGCAUUCCUGAGAACUCUCCAAGCGGCACAUCUGUUGUCAUGGUAACAGCCACUGAUGCAGACACAGGAGCAAAUGCAGCGAUCCGGUACCAGAUCACUGGAGGAGAUGGUCAGGACCUCUUUAUCAUCGAUACAGUAACGGGGGAGAUCACCUCCCAAGGUGGCCUGGACUAUGAACGGAAGCAAAUGUAUACCCUACAAGUCACUGCUACUAAUGUGGAGGCGUCAUCAAGAUUCGGUACCUGCACUGUUAACAUCCACCUCACUGGGCAGAACGAGUAUGCUCCAGUCUUCCUACAGAGACUUUACACCUUCGAGAUUUCGGAAUCUGCAAAACCAGGGACAACUGUUGGUACAGUGUACGCAACAGACAGGGAUGACGGAUCGGACGGCAUUGUGAACUACAUUCUGGUGGGUAGCAGCAAUGACAAAGGAUUUGCCAUUGGUCUGGAGAGUGGAGCCAUCACCGUUGCACAGAGGCUUGACAGAGAGACGUCUAGUCAUAUCAUGCUGUCUGUCAUUGCUAAAAACCGUGGCAGCAUCCUCGGUAAUGAUAUUGAUGAAAUCCAGGUGAACAUCACCAUCAUUGAUGCUAAUGAUCCCCCAGUGUUUGAGUUCAGCCUGUAUGAAGGCCAUGUGAGUGAAGGCGAUAACAUUGGCACCUCUGUUCUCACUGUGUCUGCCAUUGACAACGACUUGAGAGCAGACUUCAGAUCCUUUGUGUAUGGCAUCCAGGAUGGGAACGAGGGCAGUGCUUUCAGCAUAAACCAGAUCAGUGGCAUCAUAAGCACAGCAAGUCGGCUCGACCGGGAAACCAUUGACACCUACAAUCUCACUGUCACAGCAACAGACACUGGUAUCCCUCCUGCAACAGGCACUACCUACGUCGUAGUCAACAUCGAUGAUAUUAACGACAAUGGUCCCGAAUUCGUCCCACCGAAUGUCACCGGUUAUGUGCUGGAAAACAGAGCACCAACAACAGUGAUGACCCUCAGCGCCACCGACCCUGACCUUGAUCCCAACCGUGGGCCGUUCUCGUACCGGUUGAUUGGUGGACACAACUCUCAGUACUUCACCCUGGAUCAGGGUAGCGGCCGGCUCAGCACGACCCGUCAGAUCGACCGCGAGCAACAGAGCGACUUCUAUCUGAUCGUGGAGACUACAGAUUCAGGAUCCCCCUCCAUGUCCUCCACCCACACGGUCCACAUCGUUGUGGAAGAUGUCAACGAUAAUCCCUCCACGCCGCGUACUGUGGACAUCUACAUCCACAGCCAGGACGGGUCCUUCCCAGGCGGACCAAUUGGAAACGUUCACCCCAUCGAUCCGGACAUAGGUGACACGUUUAGCUGUACGAUCACCCAAGGUAACACCCAGGUCUUCUCCAUCCCCUCCUUGUGUAAUCUCAACACUGGGCGUAUUAACACAGUAACAGACUACACUCUCCGAGUCAGUGGAGAUGACGGUGUCCAUGCUUCCGUCGUCUCUACGGUCCACGUGCAUUUCCGAGAGUUCACCAGUGACGCAGUAACCAAUGGCAUCAUUGUGAGGCUGAACAACGUAACUACCAGCAACUUUUUGAAGAACUCCUAUACGAACUUCAUCUCAGCAUUGAAUGACAUAUCUGGAGUUUAUAGUACAGUUUUGUACAGCAUGGAGAAUACUGGAGAAGAUCUGGACAUUGUUCUUGCCCUUCAGCAAACUAACCAGCAGUUCAUGGUGCCGCAGCAAGCAGCCACGGCUAUCACCAACAGAAAGACUAACAUCGAAAACACGGCAAGUGUUUCCAUUGUCGCUGUGAACUUUAACCCCUGCAGUGACAGCCCUUGCCAACAUGGCGGCGUCUGUAGCAAAACGCUUCAGGUCACUUCCUCUCGGAACAUUCUGGAAAGCGAUCCAGUGAUUUUCGUGUCUGUGGACACUGGUAACCGUUACACCUGUAGCUGCCCCACAGGUUACACGGGAGACAGUUGUGAGAUUGAGAUCAAUGAGUGUGAUGCAACUCCCUGUCUCAACGGAGGCACCUGUACAGACGAGAUCGGCACCUUCACCUGCGAAUGUCCACCUGGUUACCAUGGUGACAGAUGUCAAAACGACUUUGACGAAUGCAGCAGCAACCCCUGUCGAAACGGCGGGCAAUGCCUUCAAGGACUGAACGACUACACCUGUUCUUGUGCACAGGGGUUCACCGGGAAGAAUUGCGAAAUUGAUGUGGAUUACUGCAUUUCCCAACCAUGCCUCAACAACGGCACGUGCACAGACGGGCAGACGUCGUACUCCUGUCGGUGUGGAUUUGGCGAGAAAGGUGACAACUGUGAGAUCACGAGCUAUGGAUUCGAAGAGGUUUCGUACAUGCAGUUUCCUGUGUUGGACCAGCGUAACAAUGACAUCAUGAUCGAGUUUGCAACCGUCAUGACAAAUGCACUCCUCUUAUACAACUACGAUGCUGAAGAAUCAGACUCCUCAGAUUUCAUCGCACUGGAAAUCAUGGAAGGGAAGCUGCGACUGUCGUAUCAGUUGGGCGACGGGAUCACUCGGAUCAGCGUGGAGAAGAACGUGGCUGACGGACAGUGGCACACCGUCACCGCUAGGAGGAAUGGCAAGGAUGGCACUCUCAUAGUGGACAACUGUGGUUCAUCCUCCCCUGCUGGCUUCUGUCGAAACACAGGAGGCACUGGAACAGCAAGCGGUUUGGACCUGAGUGGCCUACCCAUGAUGCUCGGCGGUGUGCAGACGAUUGAUGCAAUUCUGGUGCGACCGGGACAGGUUUCGUCCAACGAUUUCGUAGGAUGUAUCCGGGAGGUGACGAUAAAUGGCGUGCCCAUCAACCUAGCUGGACCCCUCUCUUCUCGCGGCAUCUCAGACAGAUGUCCCAGGGUGGUGUCAGACGUGUGCUCGCCAGAUCCCUGUAAAAACGGUGCCGCGUGCCAAGACAAAUGGUCCAGUCACCAGUGCCAGUGUUCGGACAUUUACGUCGGCGACAACUGUGAGAAAAGACGUGUUCCCUUCUCCUUUGGUGGCAGCAGUUUUGUGGAGUUCCAAAUCAAGGAGAGCUAUGUACGGCAACUACAGCUGGGGAACCAGGUUUCCAGCCGUAGGAGGAGAGCCAAUCAGGACACUUCUCUGUCUCUCAAGUUCCGCACACGAGAGAACAGCGGACUCUUGCUGUAUGCAGGCGGCUCCAGCAGAUACACUGUCCUGGAGGUGAAGGCAGGGAAGCUGGUGUACUCGUACAAUGCUGGGUCAGGACACAGGACCAGGGAGAUCGAUGUGGCGGUCACCAACGGCCUGUGGCACACGGUCAGCCUGGUGCGCAGAAGCACCUCCACCUCACUGUUCCUCCAGAACGAAGAGCAGACGCAGGACUGGAACACGGAAAUCACCGGGACCACCCACGACUUCCUGAGUUCUGACGUGGCUACCAUGUCCUUGGGUGGUACCAACACACCAGUCACUAUUGAGGGCCAGACUUUACCAGGAUUUGAUGGCUGUAUCGACGAACUGAGAUUGAAUGGUCAACUGCUUCCAUUCGUCGGCUCCAAUGACAUCGUUAUCGCAACUCCAUCGGAAAAUGUUGGCGAAGGCUGCCCUAGCCCUGCAGUUUGUGCUUCCAACCCUUGCCCCAACAACCUUCUCUGCAUUGACCAAUGGCAGCAGUAUGAGUGCGCCGAGCCUGGUGCCUGCGGGUCGUCUCCUUGCCAGAACAACGGAACGUGUAUUCCUAACGACAGCGGAUUCAGGUGUCGCUGCGAUGGCAACUACAACGGCACUCUUUGUGAAAAUGCUCUAGCGUGCAUCGGAUUCACGUGUGGAACCAACCAAGUGUGUGUCGGUGUAGGGGCCACUGGUCGCGCAUGCCAGUGUGUGGAUGGAUGGAGCGGGGAUAACUGCGAGAUCAAGCUGCCGCAGACCUCGGAGCCCGGGUUACACAUAGGCGUGAUUAUCGUGAUCGUGUUCUUCUGUCUCGUUGCUGUUAUCAUCCUCAUCGCCUUCAUUGUCUACCACCGUCGGCGCAUGUUGAGGAAGAAGGACCAGGCUCCCAAAACCAUUGAAAAUGAUGAUGGCUUAACAGCAAUGAGUCGCCUCCCCGAAGACAGAGAUCCGUUUCCCGAGCACUACGAUCUGGAGAAUGCCAGUAGCAUAGCUCCCUCCGACAUCGACGUGACGUACCAAGCGUACUACAAAGCAUUCCGCGAAGGGAAACGAUACAAACAACCGGUGCCCAACCGACACAACCACCACCCACGACAAAGCCCCAGCAGUCUUCUCCACCAAGUGCACAUGAGAGACAGUCCCAACCACCUGGCUCGAAAAAGCCCCAACCACCUCUCCCACAGAGACAGUCCAAGCUUUCAAAGCUCGGCACGACAAAGUCCUGCGAGCCACCUUCUCCGCCAAAGCCCUAACCACCUGGCUAGGCAGAGCCCCGCUAGCCAUCUAGAGGGCCCCAUGAGGCCGCUGGGCAUGAGGACUAGUUCGGAUCACCUCCCUCCGUCCGAGCACGGCAGCCAUUACAGCGGUAGUAGCAUUGGCUCCAAGAAUCGCCGUAGAGCCAAGAGCCCGUGUGCCAGCUCUCACGGACGAGGCAGCAGGCCCAGCAGUAGGUUGAAACAACCCAUAGAACAGAUUGAAAUGGACAGUGGGCCUCCUGUUGGGCUUUCAGUUGAAGAAGUAGAGAUGCUCAAUGCUCGCCCAAGGCACAGCGUAGCCAGCACCAUGGACGGUGCAUCCUCCUUCACUGAAAGAACUAUGCCAGUUAACGACAAAAUCAUGAGCCUACUAGAACCCCCCGAUUUGUUAGAACCCCCUGAAAGUAGUACCGAGGAGAGCCAAGAUGAUUCCUUUACCUGUUCAGAGUUUGAGUAUGAACGGGAGAAACCGCUGAGGAGCAGAAACGACCUUGACCCAAGAACUAACAAGAUGUUCCCUCAUGGCGACAACGGUUCGUUUGGAGGGUCCCUGAGUACGCUGCUAGAGGGCGAUGACCCACAGAAGAAACACGCCCUCCCUCCCAAUGGCACUUUCAGCUGGGACUACUUGCUAAACUGGGGGCCAAACUUUGAAAAUCUGGUGGGGGUGUUCUCAGACAUUGCUGCUUUGCCUCCCGAUGCCCAAAGCAGAGAACAACAGAACUCAGAUGAAACAACAACAAAAGUUAACGGUGUGGCCAAUAAUGAAGAGUAUGUGUAAGCAAAUCGUCAUUAAUUUGUUGCCCUGCUUGGCACAUGUAUCACACGCAAGCGUAAAUGCAUUCUUUUAAUCUAGUGAAGAAUCGAUGGUGAACACAGAUAGGUCUAUCCAGUGAAUAGAAUAUUUAUUGGCAUCUCCUAGACAGUUAAAUGUGUGAUUCCUUUUAUUGUUAAGUCUUAAACCAUAUCAUGAUGAUAUAAGAGAUGCCACAUACAUGUAUUCCCUGUGCCAUUUACACAUAUAACUUCACCAGCAAAUAUUUGCACCUUUUCCAAGAUUUUAAAACUUUUCACUUCACAGACAUGCUUCCUUUUAUGGCAAAAUCUAUAUUUUUGUAUCCUCUAUUGAAGUUUGUUCACAAUGAAUUCAGUAAUAUACAACUAGUAAAGCAUUUAAUGGAGAAACUAUUGAAGGUACAUUUGAAUGUUUUAAGAUCUGUACAGCAUUGUAUAAAGCCUUACUGAGAGGAGAAUUGUUUUACAGUGUCAUAUAUGACAAGUCCACAAAAUUAUACAUGUGGGAAUGGAUGUGUAUAGAUAGAGAUAGAUAGAAGGAAAAUUGUUUUAUAUAAUUAUGUAUGUAUAAGCUGAAUGUCGUCUUUUUUUCCUGUUGUGUCCAGAUAUAGUUGAUUGUAUGAUUAUUGAUAAUGAGCUUUUGUAUAUUUGUAUGGCAAUAUUGGAAUAAAAUUUCCAGUAUGAAGUUAA